ACGCAAACUAAAAUCAGCUUUACGGUAAGCGCGACAGUGCGUUCUGGAAAAUACAAGCGACAACGUAGUAUUUGUUAUUUUGUACGUUUUAAGCUGACAGGAACCGAAGAUGAUUGAGGUGGUUUGCAACGAUCGUCUGGGCAAGAAAGUCCGGGUCAAGUGCAACCCUCAGGAUACCAUUGGAGAUCUGAAGAAGCUCAUAGCCGCCCAGACGGGAACACGACACGACAAGAUUGUAUUAAAGAAAUGGUAUACCAUAUUCAAGGACCACGUGUCUCUGGGUGACUAUGAAAUCCACGACGGGAUGAACCUGGAGCUGUACUACCAGUAGACCAGACCACAGGACAAUGCUACACACACGCUACACACACACACACGUGCAACCAUAGAGAUGAAUAGAUGGAAUCGGGUCGCAGGAAACCAUGAUGGUUGGACAACCCAACUAAAAUGGCGAAGGAGCGGUUUCACACCGACAUGACAUAGAUUAAAGUUUUUGCUUUUAAUUUUUACCUUCAAAUUAUGUCUGAGAAUUGUUGUUCUGCAAAUACCUUUGUUUUGAUAUUUUGGAAGUAAAGCUGAUAUUUACCUA